UAUUUAUUUAAAUAAAUAUCUCCUUAUUUUUUGCAAAUGAACAAUUUAGAAGAUACUUUUUUUAACUAAUAAAGUUUAUAAUCUUGUUUAAUCCAUAAAAAUAAUCAAAUUCAGGGAGUUUUUAUGGGAUAAAAAUGCCCUGAUAAUUUAAAUAGACUUUAGUGCUUCAAGUGUGUUCUAAAAUCUAAAGAUUUGAAUUGUAUUUCAAUUUAAAAUAUAUUUGCAGAAUAAUAACAAGAAGUAGAUUGUUCAACAGAUCCUCUUAAUUCAACCUAAGUUGAUGAUUAAAAUACUGCUUCAGAUGAAGAUUAGAACGAGUUUGAAGAAUAUGAAUCAUUUUGGCCUCCAGUGAAUCCUGAAUUAAAAAACAAACUUAAGAUGAUUAAGUAAAAAGUGAACUUGAAUAUUAUGGAUAACGUCAUUAAAACUUUUGAUGAAAUAAAAAAAAAUAUGAAUGAAAAUAUAGAGUAAAUUAAAAAAGAAACAUUAUUGAUAGCUCAGAAAGUUAUAGAAGAUUUUAGCCAUCUAAACUCAUACUAUGAGAGUCAAAAGUAACUAAAAGAUUUAAGAUAAAUAAUUUAGAAAAAUAGUAAUGAUGCCAAGCUAGCAAAUGAAGAGAUUGAAAAAUUUAUACUCUAGAAGUAUCAAAAUGCUGAAAAUGUGAAUAAUUAAUUGAGUUAAAAAAUUUUCAAUAUUUCUCAAAAUCUUCCUCAAAUUAGCCAAGAAAUGUUUGAUAGCUUCAACAAUAGUCUUAACAAAAUAUUAUUAUAAUUUAGAACGUAGCAAUAAAAAUAGUGUGUUUCUAACUUAAAGUUUGAAAAUAGUACAUAUGAAAAAUCUAGUUUGAUAAAAAUAGAAGACAAUUAGUUUGGAUAUUAAUCAAUAAGCGCUUUCUUUGAAGGUAGAGGCUAGGUUUAUUCAAGUUGCACUUUUGAUUAUGAUUAAAAAUAUUAACUAAUAUUUGAGUUUGACAGGCCACCUAAAGAGUGUAUCAUAAUUGGACUUACAGAAGAUGAUAAAAAAGACUUCAAUUGGUAUGAUAGAAACAACUUUUAUGCUAUUUAAUUAGGCAAAUCUUCAAAUGAUAGUUUUUGUGAAAAAAUUUUAAAAGGCAAGAACAUCAAAUAAAUGUUUACUUUCAAUUCUAAACUGUUAAUGUAGUUCCACAUUGCCUAGAAUUAGCUUUAUUUUUCAGAUUAUCCUUCAUGUGAGAAUAUAAAUGCAUUAGAUCCUAAACAAUAUGAAUUUGAACCUGAUUAAAGAUAUAGAGUAAUUAUUUACUUUAGAAACCAAGAAGGUUUAAAAAUAAGUCUUAUAAGUGCUCAUCAAAUCCAUGAGCUUUUACAUGUUUGAUUGAUUGUUUUUAAAAUAAAAUAUUUUAAAUUUGUUAUUUUUUCUAGUUACUCUAUAAAUGUGUAAAAUUCAAAUGAUUAGAAAAUAUCUUUUAUCAAAACGCA